UUCUAAUCCUCUUAUUUGAAUCACAAUAUUCAUUCAUAAUAUUUUCCCACUUCUCAACUAUUUUGAUAAAAUAAAAAUGAACAACUUGGAUUCCUACCCUCCAACUCUCCGCCCCAAAAACAACCAUCCACUAAACCUAGACGACCCAAAUGACUUCAAGGGCCCUGACCCAAUUCAAGAUCCGGAUCCUGUUCCAAUCAUAGAUCUUCAUUGUUUGGACCACAAAAACUUAGAUGAAGCUUGCAAGGAUUGGGGGCUAUUUCGUUUGGUUAAUCAUGGUGUUCCAUUAACCCUUUUAGAACAACUUCAAAACUUAGCCAAACAACUAUUUUCUUUAUCCUUUGAGUCCAAACAAGAAGCAUGCAAUGAAAAACCUAUCACAUACUUUUGGGGUACCCCUGCCCUAACUCCUUCUGGGACAGCUAUAACAAGAGACCCUCAAAAUAUCAAUUGGGUUGAAGGUUUUGAUGUGCCAUUAUGUCAACUCUCUCAAUUCCAACAUCAACUUCCUACACUUGAAUCCAUGAGGGUUUUGGUAAUGGAAUAUGCAACCCAUUUGUCAAGAAUUGCGACAACUUUAUUCGAAGCAAUGUCUAAGAACCUUAAUCUGAAUUUGAAAGCUACAAAAUCAUAUGUAUCAGAAAAGACUGGAAUGGUGCGUGUGUAUCGUUACCCACGGACGGAUGUUGGUUGGGGCAUGGAGGUUCAUACAGAUAGCUCAGUUUUGUCCAUAUUGAACCAAGAUGACUUUGUUAGUGGGCUUCAAGUUCUCAAACAUGAUCAAUGGCUAAAUGUAAAGCCCAUUUCCAACACUUUGAUUGUCAACCUUGGUGACAUGAUGCAGGCAAUUAGCAGUGACAAGUACAAAAGUGUGUCACACAGAGUGAAGGUAGAUAAAGACAUAGAGAGGAUUUCAAUAUGCUACUUUGUAUUUCCUGGGGAAGGUGUUGUGAUUGAGAGCUCCAAGUACAAGCCCUUUACUUACAAUGAGUUCAGAGCACAAGUGCAACAAGACAUCAAAACCGUUGGGUAUAAAGUUGGCCUUCCAAGGUUUCAGCACAACCAAGACUCUUAAAUUAAACUUUUUUUUUUCUUUUUUAGUUUAGAUUUUCCGUUUUUGAUUACAGUUAAGAUGAUAAAUAUCAUCAUGAAUUCAUACAUUACUGUUUUUGUUUUUGUUAAAUAGUUCACCAAUUUAAAAUUGAAAUUGAAAUAUGUUGAAAUUGAAAGUGUUA